CGGCAAAGUCAGUUACAAAAAGCUGCGCGUUCUCAGGGAGACAGACAGAUCCUGGAAAGAAGAUGUGAGAAAAGAAGCAUCGACGGGUGAGCAUGAGAGAGAAGAGAGAUGGUGAGAGGCCCCUGGCGUUUGUAUGAUGGAAGGCUUGGAAAAGGAGAGCUCCAACUGUGGCUCUACACCCAUCCCGUGGCUCAUUCACCCCAAAACAGAAACCUCCAACCUGCUAUGGAAACUCAAAGACUGCUUUUCCUCAAACGAGACAACUUCUGCACAUCUGUCAAAUAAAGACAAUAUCCACAUGGACAACAGAAAGGCUGUGUUGGAACUGAAGGAUGUCCCUCCCCCACCUCCUCCUCCACAACUCUCUCCCCGCUCCCAGUUAUCCCAGUCAUUUUCUCUGGCAUCUCUCUCUCUGCCUCCUCCCUGCUUGCUGCCUCCUCCUCAGCUUGCAAAAGAGUUCCACCAAAACCAGCCCCUACCAAAGCAGCAACAAGGCGAGCUUAGCCCCAAAGUAAGCAUUUGCACCCACUGUGACUUCUGCAGCACAGAUGGCUAUGGCUUGUUGGGUGGCAGGGGUUUUGUUGGUAGCAGCAUUGCUGGCACCAGUACAUUUCCUACAGCCUCAAGUUGUCAGGGAGCGCCCAUCAAAAGUAGCAAUAAUAGCAGGUUUGAGUCUUGUUCUGUAGCUUCAUCGGUUCAUCAGUAUAACCAUAACUUGAGCAGUGGUAAUAGUACCAAAGAGACUAAAUCCUUGCUCAGUCAUGGUUUCAAACCUCAGCUGCCCUCUUCUGUUGCUACCUCUCAGCCUCUGUCAUUACACCCCUACUUCCCCUGCUGCUCAGGGCUUCGCCACAACUGCUCAGCUGUGCCUCUUGCAUGCAGUCAGCCUGGCACAUCUCCCUCUUCUGCACCCCUGGCUUCCUCCGUGUCCUCGCUAUCUACUCCCUUGCUAGGGCCUUGCCUGGCUUCUUCUGGUUUUAACACUUGUGGUGUGAACUGCAACCCAUCACUCAGAGCAUCUCAGGGCAGUGCACCCGGUGAUCUCCCAACCCCCACAACAGUUAUUACUUCAACCACCUCAGCGCACCGCCGCUCUAAUUCUUUGCACCUAAAUGUAGAACGCACUGUUUGUGGGACCAGGGCACGCUUCUGUCAGGAGUGCUUGAUGAUAAAGCCUAAGAAAGAUUUGUCUUCAGAGUCUACGUUGUGGCCCAUUGUUUCUAUUCCUCAGACUGCUUCUGUCCCAAUAUGCAACGGCUGUGGCACAUCCUCCGAUAACAUGGUGCUAAUGCCGCCUACCACACUUGGGAAGUCUGGCCAGAAGUACGGUUCUACAGAGAGCAGUGGUCCUGAGAACAUCCCGCCAGUAGGUGUCUUUUGGGACAUUGAAAACUGUAAUGUUCCCACUGGACGCUCGGCUGAAGCCGUGGUCCAGCGCAUUCGCAACAGAUUCUUCCAGGGGCAUCGCGAAGCUGAAUUUAUUUGUGUGUGUGAUAUCAGCAAGGAGAGUAAAGCUGUUAUCCAAGAGCUCAACAACUGCCAGGUUACAGUUGCACAUAUUAAUGCCACAGCCAAGAAUGCUGCAGAUGACAAGCUACGUCAGAGUCUGCGGCGCUUCGCUGAGACCCACACUGCUCCUGCAACUGUUGUAUUAAUGUCCUCGGAUGUGAAUUUUGCCAGUGAGCUGAGCGACUUGCGUCAUCGCCACGGUUUUCAAGUAAUUCUCAUCCACGGCAGCCAUACGUCUUCAGCUCUGAUGCAGCACGCCCAUCGUCACGUGGCGUUUCAAGAAAUCACAACAGAUCUGCCACAGCGAAUUCUUGCCAAAGCCCAGCCCAGUUUCAACCUCCUCUAUGUGCACAACCUUCCCACCAUCUGUGACAAGAGCCUGAAGAAUGCUGUGAAGCUCAGGCUCCGUCGCCUCUCAGACAACUGUGGUGGCAAGGUGCUCGGCCUGUCCCAGGGCACAGCAGUCCUCCGCUUUGGCAGCCCCGAGGCGGCGGCACGCGCCCGCAAGAGAAUGGAAAACGAGGAUGUUUUUGGCCACCGGAUCAGCCUCUCUAUUUCUCCAAGGCCUCGAAACAAAGCAAGUCCUGAAGUUGAGCCAAAGUCUCAACCCCACCUUUUGCCUCAAGCUAAACCCCAGACCUUUCAAAUCCAGGGUCCAAUGUUUGCCCCUCCCCCACCCAUACCCUCCUUCUCAUUUUUGCCUCUGGAGAACCCCAGAUCGCCUAGAAGGUCGCGGCGAGCAGCCCGCCCAUGCCCCACCUCUGGCUCUUUGCCUGAGAGGCCCUACAGCCCCAGGAGGGGGUCCAGUGGGCCUCCUGGUGGUGUUCCAGCCAAACCCCAUCAGGAGCUGGGAAAUGUGGAAGCCAAGCCCAGGAUGGGCCCGCAGCCUCUGGACAGAGGUCGUGCUGCUUCCUCUUCACCCCGCAGUAAUAAUGAGAGAGGAGCUCUGGAGCAAGUGUCUCUGCCUGUCCUCAGAGGAGAAUCCAUGAACAGGAAGAGAGAGGCUUCCAGUCCACGGAGUGUGACCCAGUUGUCUGUAGAGCAAAGGGACAGGAGUUCAGGGGAGUUCCAUAUCAGCACACCCUCAGCCUUCAGCAAGUUAAACCUACACAUGAGCUUCAGUCCACUUGUCACGUCUCAGAGGACUUGGUCUUCCAGGAGUGGAUCCCCCUGUGUGUCCAGCCGUUCCUCACCUCUGCUCAUCACCCCUCGUGGCUCUUGCCCUGAAGGUGCUUCUGAGCCCUUCACAGAUGGGGCAGAGGUCCAGGUCGCGAACCUCGACUACAGAAUGUCUCGCAAAGAACUGCAGCAGACGCUGCAUGACACUUUCUCUCGAUAUGGGCAGGUUAAAGCUGUUGAGCUGAGCCCCCACACUGAUUAUCAGCUGAAGGCCACAGUUCAGAUGUUGUUCCUGCAGCAGGCCAUUAGCGCCGUCAGUGGUUUACACCGUUACAAGAUCGGAGGCAAACGCAUUCAGGUGUCUCUGAUCACUGGUGGAAACAGCAAAACUCUUUCCAUGCUCAGCGCAGAGAUCAUCUGUAUUCUUCAGGAUGCACCUGCCAACUGCCUCCCUCUGUUUAAGCUCACUGAGAUCUAUGAGAAAAAGUACUCCCGUAAACUCGCACUCAGCGAUUUGUACAGGCUACCAGAUGUGCUUUCAGUGAGGGAACAGGGGGGCUCGAGGCUUGCGUGCCUUUUGUCCAACAGCCAAAUUCGCCAGAGUCCCCUCGGGUCUUCUCAGUCUCAAGAAAGCUCCUCGGCCAGCGGGAGUCCUGUUGUGUUUGAAGAACUCGAGUACCACGAGCCUGUUUGCAGACAUCAUCACGCACAGCAAGACUUCAGUGAAGCUGACUUUGACCCCGACUCUUAUAAAAUCCCAUUUGUUGUGAUGUCGCUGAGCAGUUUGACCUCUGAGGUCCACGGUCUGUUGGAGUCACACGAUGGCACUCUUCCACUUCUCAGCUUUCCAGAUUGCUAUGCUGCAAAAUUUAGCCCUUUGCAGGUCGGCAGUGAGACACUGGAGGGUGCCGUUUCUCUGGAGCAUCUGAUCACCUGCGUUCCCAGUAUUUCCAUUGUCACAGCUCAGAAUGGUUUCAAAGUCGUCAAGUGGAUCCACAACAAACCGCCUGCGCAGAACUCUGAGACAUGGAUUCAACGCUGCAAGAGUCCAGUUGGAAAUCCACAACUUAUCCAGUUUAGCCGGGAAGUGAUCGACCUGUUGAAGAGCCAGCCGACCUGCAUCAUGCCGGUCAGCAAGUUCAUACCUUCGUAUCACCAUCACUUCGCCAAGCAGUGCCGUGUCUCCGACUACGGCUUCUCCAAGCUGCUGGAGCUUCUGGAGGCCGUCCCACAUGUCCUACAGAUAUUGGGUAUGGGCACCAAGCGCUUGCUGACCCUUACUCACAGAGCACAAGUGAAACGCUUCACCCAGGACCUCCUUAAGUUGCUUAAGUUUCAAGCCAGCAAGCAAGUAGCCAUUAAAGACUUCAUGCAGGCGUAUCACUGGUGCUUCUCCAGAGAUUGGAGCGUCACUGAUUAUGGCGUCUGUGACUUGAUGGACCUGCUGUCGGAGAUCCCGGACACCACCAUCGCCAUCACACACCAGGCCACCGACACGAUCAUCUCCGUUCCUAAAAGAGAGCGUACGGUGGAGGAAGUUGAGCGAACCAAGCAGUUUGGGAAAGAGGUGGUGGACCUCCUCCGCCAUCAGCCUCACUGUCGGAUGCCCUUCAGUAAGUUCAUACCCUCCUACCAUCACCACUUUGGUCGUCAGUGCAAACUCAGCUACUACGGAUUCACCAAACUCAUGGAGCUCUUCGAGGCAAUCCCUGACAUUCUGACAGUGCUGGAAUGUGGUGAGGAGAAAGUGCUGACUUUGACAGAGGUCGAGCGCAUCAAGGCUCUGGCAGCCCAGCUAGUCAAGCUGCUGCGUUCCCAGAACAACUUCAGUCUUCCCAUCAGCCAGCUGCUCAUGGAGUACAGCAAGACCUUUGGUUACGGUUUACGCCUGCAGGACUUCGACGCCUCCUCCCUGCCUGCUCUUCUGGCCAAACUCUGCCACGUUGUCAAGGUGGUCGAUGGCUCGGAGGGUCGAGAAGUGCAGUUGAUCAACAGGAAGUCUCUGCGGCUGCUGACCUCCCAGCUUCUGGCUCUGCUCAUGUCCCAAGAUAACGAGCAGGUCGCCGAGGGCAUGAAGGUGGAGGAGCUGAGUCAACUUUACCAGAGUGUUCAUGGUACCCAGUUAAAUCCAUGUGAAUAUGGGUUCCUCUCACUGAGCGAGUUGCUCAAGAGCCUUCCUUAUCUUGUUGAGCUGUACCAUGAAGAAAGUGAUCAUAUUGGCAGUGCUGCCAGUGGUCAUGGAUACGAAUGGGUGAGGCUAACUCGGCUUUACCAGUUUGCACGUAACGUCCGUGCACUGCUGCACACCUACCAUUACAACCAGAUCUUCCUGACGGAGUUCCUGGGGGCUUAUAAUAAAUUUGUUGGCUGCAACCUUGAACCACGCUCCUAUGGAUACAUCUGCACUGAUGAGCUGCUCGGUGCUAUUCCACAGGUGAUUUGGAUCAAGGGACACGGUCAUAAAAGGAUUAUUGUUUUGAAGAAUGAUAUGAAAGCAAAGUCAAGCUCUUCAGUCCCCAACAGCCCCCAACCAGGAGAGAAUGCUGAGAGUCCGAGAGACAGUCCCAUUAGCACCACAACAUCUGGAACCCAAAGUCCAGGUGGUGAUCCAGUGGCAGAAUCAGAGCUGCUGUUUUUACCGUCUCCUCUGGACCUGUUAUGUGGGCCAGUACCAUCCUGCCUCCCAUCACCUCAGCUCUAUCCUGACCCUGUUGUCCUUCAGCAAAUGGACCUGAUUAACUUUGAGAGAACGCCACCCCCACAUCUACCAACAGAGAGUGAAUCUGAAGAGGCAGACAGCACCUCUGAUCCACCUGAGCACCUCUGCAGCACAGACGAGACUGCGGUCUCCAGAACUCCUCCACCCUCCGACACAAAGAACUUUUUGUCCACGAACAGUCCCGGCAGGAGAGCCAGUCGCAGCAAAAUCAAACUAGCUGCUAACUUCUCCUUCACAGCAGGUCUCUGACCUUCUAACACGGAAAUACAGUUAGGCUCAUACUGUAACUCUAAAAAGGAGAGUUAAACAGCCACACCACAUAAAAAUAACCCCUCAGGAGGCGUUUGUGUUGUCUUUAUGACAUCUGUUUCUCAACAGCUGUAUUUUCUUAGUUCAAU